UGUAAAUAGUCACAACAUGGCUGACAUGAACGUGAAGUUUAUUUCGCAGAAAAUAAGUAAAAUCCGAUGGAAACCAGUUGGAGCUUCGUCACUUCAGAAACCGAAUCUGUUUGUCACAGGUAGUUGGGAUGAUGAGCAAUGUAAGUUAUCAUUUUGGACAUUUGGUCAACAUGACAUUGACUAUGAUCUCUACACGAUGGAUACUGAAACUGCUCCAGUGGACAUGGAACCAAAACUCCUCGCAGACAUCACACAUGUUGGUGAUGUGACGGAUUUAAAGUAUCUUGACCAGCAGCAAGUUGUGGCUUCCUCAUCAAUGGGUUCCGUUGGAAUUUUUAAGCAUAACCAAAACACACAGGCUAUAGAAUGUGUACAAACAUGGAAGAAUCUUCAUGGCUAUAAUUUAAUAUCCUGUCCCUGUACAUGUGUUGGACAUAGAGAUGAUGUCUUAGUGACUGGCGGCGAAGAUGGCAAAAUUUGUGUAUUAAACUUAGAGAAGAAAAAUAUCACCAAAUGUAUUGACAAAGCAGAUAGCUGCACCAUUAACAGUAUCACAUUCCUGCGACAGAACGAAAUCCUUAUCACAAAUUCCACAGGACAGUUGAAGAUUUUCGACUUGCGAGCCAAUCCCUCGGAAACUCCACAGACAUUGUUUCUGUCUGGAGAGCAUGUGUCUUUGAUGUGUGCAGCGAAACAUCCGAGCCAACAGUAUCUUGUUGCCACGGGUACAGUUGAUGGCAGUCUUUGUCUCUGGGAUCUCAGGCAGAAAACAAACCCAGUCACAUUGCUUGGAGGUCACACAGGACCAUUGUGGGAAGUGAAAUUCCACUCUGCCUAUCCCAACCAUUUAUUCACCUGCUCUGAAGACGGUUCCUUGUGGCAUUGGGAUAAUUCAACUGCUGCUUCGUCUUUCCCUUACUUGGUGUCUCCUUCGGUGAAGCCCUCUCUUGGUAACAAGCUUUUGUUUUAUCUCAGUUUUUUGUAAUGUGUGAAUUAACUUCAUUUUAUGUUUGCUUUCCUAUGCUGGCCUGGGUUGGACUGCUUGCCACAGAUCAUGUGUGUGUGUGUGUGUGUAAUAUAUAGGUGCAAGCAUGGCUGUGUGGUUAAGAAGUUUGCUUUGCUGCCAAAUAAUUUUGGGUUCAGUCUCACUGUGUGGUACCUUGAGCAAGUUUCUUCUACUAUAUCCUUGGAUUGACCAAAGCCUUGUGAGUGGAUUUGCUAGACAGAAAUGGGAAGA